AUGAUGGCUGCAGCAAAGAGUCCCCAGGCACACUCAUCCUCAAACAAGGACUUCACACAGGACCAGAAAUCAGCCCUUCUGGGCAAUAGCCAUGAAGCCUCCCACCAGCGCUUCAGGCAGUUUUGCUACCAAGAGGUAGCUGGCCCCCAGGAAGCUUUUAGCAGACUCUAGGAACUCUGUUGUCAGUGGUUGAGGCCUAAGACACAUUCGAAAGAACAAAUGCUGGAGCUGCUGGGUUUGGAACAAUUUCUGACCAUCUUGCCAGAGGACAAGACCUGGGUGAGGGAGCAGUCACCAGAAAAUGGUGAGGAAGCUGUGGCUCUGGUUGAGGGUGUACAAAGAGCUCCUAAACAGAUGAGAAAGGGAAGUUCUGAGAAGGACUUUAAAGUGCUCAUGGAGGAGAUGAUCCCUUGGCGAGCAGCCCCAGAAUCACUGAGAUCCCAGUGGACACAGGAGGUUCAGCCAGAGGAACAGACUUUGAAGGGAUCACAGAGCUUAUAUCAAAGCCCAGGGAAAGAGUCAGAAGCGACAAGUGUGUACUGGGGCUAUGAAGAGACCAAGGCAUUCCUGGCCACUCUCGGUAGUUCUCAGUUUUACAGAAAAUUCCAGACCCAUCAGCAGAAUAGCCAGAUCUACGGGGUGGCAGAAAGACUCCAGGAGCAGGGCUUCUCGUGGACCCCAGAGCAGUGUCACAAUAAGUUCAGAAGCCUACAGUUGAGUUACCACAAAGUAACACUAGGCUGUGUGCCUGAGCCUUGUAUCUUUUAUGAAGAAACAGAUGCUUAUUCAAGCUCCUAGGCCUCUGUAUCUCCUAUGGCAAGCAGUGCUGUCCCUGGCCUAGAGGGAAGUAUUGUUGAGGCUGGAGAGAUGCAUGAGCAGAGUGGGGAGCCCAAAGAGGUUGUAAAAGAUGGCAUUGUGGAUGGUACAAAUAGUGAUGAAAAAGACUACAGGAACCUUGGGUGAGAAGUCAGAAAAUUUGAACAGUCCUUCCAUUUUAUUUCUUUUUUCCUCCCAGGUUUUGAGAUCAAGAAUGGUAUUAAAAAAGAGAAUCUGAAAUGGGAUGAUGAUUCAGAGGAAGUAGAAAUGAAUAAAGUUUUACAUGGAAAGUCUAGUGGAGAAGAGUUCUCUCACUCUGAGCAAAAACAUUGGAAGAGUGAGCCAACAUCAAGAAGGCAAUAUAGAAAUUCUCCAGGGGAGAGUGAGGAGAAAUCCCCAUCCCAGGAUAAAAUGAGUCACCAGAGACUUUGUACUGGGGACAAAGCUUAUACGCAUUUCCUCUGUGGGAAUAACUGCUCUCAGAGUGUGCCCGUUCCCUGCAAGACAGCCCUUGAACUGGAAAAAUCUUCUCAGUUUCCUGAAUGUGGAAAAGCUUUUAGUUGAGGUUCUUAUUUUAUUCGGCAUCAGAGAAUCCAUACAGGCGAGAAGCCUCGCAAAUGCAGUGAAUGUGGGAAAGUCCUUAGUGAGUGUUCCAACCUUACUACCCACCUACGAACUCACACAGGGGAGAGGCCCUACCAGUGUGGGCAGUGUGGGAAAAGCUUCAACCAGAGGUCUAGCCUCAUUGUCCACCAGAGGACCCACAAGGGGAAAAAGCCUUAUCAGUGCAUUGUUUGUGGAAAGAGAUUCAACAACAGUUCCCAAUUCAGCACUCACCAGAGCAUCCACACUGGGGAGACCCUAUACAAGUGCAAAGAAUGUGGGAAAAGCUUCAGCAAUAGCUCCCACUUCAGUGCCCACACUGAGGAAAAGCCUUACAAGUGUACGCAAUGUGAGAAAAGCUUUAUUAAGAACUCUGCUCUCACCUGCCAUCAGGUAUUACACAUAAAAGAGAUAACUGUCAUCACAGAAAGUGAGAGGUGUGUUGUAAAUUUGUAG